AGACCGGGGCGGGCAGGCGGGUGUCCCGGACUCUUUCCCCCGGACUCGGGCAGAGUGUGACGGGGGGCGGCCAGUGCGGGUCCCCGGUGCAGCAUGGCGGUGUCACCCCGGCGGGAGAGGAGGGCAGCGGCGCGCCUGUGACGAGCUGUGGAAGUUACACGAUGAGCCCCGGGGCAGCGGGCACCACCCGGGACCGGAGCCGCGUCCUGCUCCUCACCCUGCUCUGCUGCUUCCUGCACACACCCGCGGGUGUCAAUAUCUGCUCCAGCCGCACUGCCACUCCAACCUCAUGCCAGGACUGCCUGCUUAUCCACCCACAGUGCGCCUGGUGCUCCCAGGAGAACGUCGGUGGCUCUCGGACGCUGAGCUCUCGCUGUGAUCUGAUGGACAAUCUCCUUAGUAAAGGCUGCUCUCCAGAGUUUAUCGAAGGCCCAAAAAGCAACGUGGAUGUGACCAGGAAUCUGCCGCUCAGCAGCAAAGGUUCUGGAUCGUCACAGUCUGACAUCAUCCAGGUCACCCCGCAGAGUGUGUCGCUGUCCCUCCGGCCAGGUGCUGCCGCCUCUUUUAAAAUGCAGGUGAGGCAGGUAGAAGACUACCCGGUGGAUCUGUACUACCUGAUGGAUUUAUCCUUGUCCAUGAAAGACGAUCUGGAUAACAUCCGGAGUUUGGGGACCAGGCUGGCCGCAGAGAUGGCGAAACUGACCAGCAACUUCCGGCUGGGAUUUGGCACUUUUGUGGAUAAGCACAUCUCCCCGUACUCCUACACUGCUCCCAAAUACCAGAACAACCCCUGCACUGGAUACAAACCAUUCCCAAGCUGCAUCCCGUCCUUUGGGUUCCGCCACGUUCUUUCCCUCACGGAUAAAGUGGGUAACUUUAAUGCUGAGGUGCAGAAUCAGCAGGUGUCGCGGAACAGGGACGCCCCGGAGGGAGCCUUCGACGCCAUAUUACAGGCGGCCGUGUGCAAGGAAAAGAUCGGCUGGAGGACCGAGGCCUCUCACCUGCUGGUCAUUACUACUGACGACGUCCCGCAUAUCGCACUGGAUGGCAAACUGGCCGGCCUGGUGCAGCCUCAUGAUGGGCAGUGCCACCUGAACGCGGAUAAUGAGUACAGCGCUGCCGCACAGCUGGAUUACCCGUCCCUGGCUCUUCUCGGGGAGAAGCUGUCGGAGAACAACAUCCAUCUGAUAUUCGCUGUGACCAGAAGCCAUUAUUUGCUCUACAAGAAUUUCACAGCCCUGAUUCCCGGCACCACGGUGGAGAUUCUGGACCAGAGCUCCCAAAAUAUCCUCCAGCUCAUUGUGAACUCCUACAAUAAUAUUCGCUCCAAGGUUGAGCUGACGGAUUCCGAGACCCCUGAUGACCUCAGUCUCAGCUUUUCAGCCACGUGUCAGGACGGUUUGUCUUAUCCUGGCGUGAAGAAAUGCGGCGAGCUGAUGAUUGGAGACACGGUUUCCUUUGAGGUCUCAGCCGAGGCGAGGGCCUGCCCCCCUUCGGGCACCAAGCACUCCUUCACCAUCAAACCGGUGGGUUUUCGGGACACCCUCGAGGUGACGGUGACUUACAAUUGUAGCUGUGACUGCUCCCAGCAGGUGGAAACGGGCAGCGGGAAAUGCAGCGGGAACGGCACCUACACCUGUGGCGUGUGCGACUGCGACUCCGGCUUCCUGGGGGCCAGGUGCGAGUGCGGCGAGGAGGACGACAGCAGCGACGUGUCCCUCAACACUUGCCGGGAAUCCGAGAGCCACACCGUGUGCAACGGGCGGGGGAGGUGCAUCUGCGGCCUGUGCUCGUGCUACGAGAGCGAGUUCGGGCGCAUCAGCGGCUCCUACUGCCAGUGUGACGACUUCUCCUGUGCCAGGUUCAGGGGCAUCCUGUGCUCAGGUCAUGGAGAGUGUGACUGCGGCGAGUGCAAGUGUCAUGCCGGAUACAUCGGGGACAACUGUAACUGCACCACAGAGACCAGCAGCUGCAUGUCCAGCGACGGGCAGUUGUGCAGCGGACGUGGGACCUGCGUCUGCGGCCGCUGCCAGUGUACCGAGCCAGGAGCGUUCGGGGAGACCUGCGAGAAGUGCCCCACGUGCCCUGAUGCCUGUGUGACCAAAAGGGACUGCAUUGAGUGCCGCCUUUACCAGACCGGACGUCUUGCCGAUAACAAGACCUGCCAGAUGCUGUGCAAGGAUGAGAUCAUCACCGCGGAGGCGCUCGACACUGACAAACCAGGGGCCGUUCUGUGUGUCUACAAGAUGGAGAACGAAUGUGUUAUGCGCUUUACGUACUCGGAGGAAGCCAAUGGGAAAUCCAUUCUGGUGGCGCUAAAAGAGCCAGAAUGUGCCAGUCCCCCCGAUGCCAAGACCGUCCUCCUGGCUGUGGUGGGCAGUAUUCUCCUGGUCGGCCUAGUCCUUCUGGCCGUCUGGAAGCUGCUCGUCACCAUCCACGAUCGCCGGGAGUUCGCAAGAUUUCAAAGUGAGCGGUCCAGAGCCAAGUAUGAAAUGGCAUCGAACCCGCUGUACCGCCAGCCAAUCUCCACCCACAACGUAGAUGAAGUGUACAGCAUGAUGGGAAAGUCCUACAACGGAACAUCGAAUGGCUUCAGGCUUGUCGGGGAUAAGGAGUGAGAAGGGGCUACACAGACGAGCGUUGCGUUGCUCUAACCUACGUUGGCGUAGUCGGCGGUUUGGGGAAUGGUCAUGCCUGGCUUAUUUGCACAUUUAUACACUCCUGCUGGGCAAUAACACUUUGUGUAGCUUGAUCGCUGACUCUUGGACUUCCUGCUGGAUCUACGCUGUAUCAACAUGGCUGGUACUAGAGAUCUAGCGUCUUCAACUGGUGGAAACAGGGCUACCAAUCCCAGAAUCCUCUGCGGAAGAAUGUAAGGCAUAGAUCAGGCCACCAAAAUAAACCAAGUCCAUACUGAUUUUAAGCACAACCGAAUCUUUGAGACAAUAGGCAAGAAGUGCCAUUUUUAGGGUAUUUUUUUUUAGAGAAAUAGUUUUAUAUUUUUAUGUAGGUCACGUCUAUGAAAUCAAAGGAUUAAUGCAGAAUUCAAAGGAGUUUAGAUUUCGGAAGGUGCCAAGUUCUUCUCUACUUCUGGAAAACGCCGUUGAGCACACAGGUGACGGAACCUCAAUUCCUCAAUCGCUGCUCCUUUUAAAAGUGCUUCAAAGUUCACCCUCACCUAUUACACUAUUUUUUCCUGAACUUGAAGUUUUUUUUUAUUUUUAUUUUUUUCAAUGAAAUCUUGAGUAGUGAAAGGAUGAAAUCUGAACACGAUUGUAAUUCCAGGACCUUGUAUACUAUAGAGGAGGGAGAGUUUUUGGGAGAAGACAUGGUACGCUUUGAAACUUUUAUUUUAUUUGUUUUUAAUUCCCUGCCGUCCUGACUAACCCAGAUCUCCGAGGACCAUCCUGGGUAGAAAUUUGUAACCGAUUUUUAGUACGAGAAAAUAUUUGGAUAAAAUGUAUUUUGCUGCAAUCAUUGUAAUAACCAUAACUUAAUAAAGGAAAACGGUCCCUU